AGUCUGAGUCUAAAGUGAACUGUAAUAGACACUCCAAACGGCAGGGCGGCAGUAUUACAAAAAAUAGAAGCGAAAUUAAAACGUCAUUUCCGCGCGACGGGAAAUUAUCACAGCAGACGCGAUGGCAGAAUCAGGAACUGAAAAAGUUAUCAAACUUGUACCGGAAAACCUUCUCAAGAAACGGAAGGCAUACCAGGCUAUCAAAGCUACUCAAGCCAAACUUGCAUUGCAGCAGAAGAGAAAAGUUCAAAAAGGAAUUCCCUUGAAGUUUAAGCGCUUGGAGGAGUUUUUGUGAAAAAGCAGGAGGAGGAGUAGUGGUGAUGAUAGUCUGGUGGGAAUAAUAAAUAAUCCUCCGCCGCCCAUGCCGCCUGCAAAGAACAGCCUGGCGUUUGCUGUCCGCAUCAGAGAGAUCAAAGGUGUGAGCCACAAAGUGAUCAAGGCCAUUCAGAUGCUGAGGCUAAGGAAGAUCUUCAGUGGCACCUUUGUGAAAGUCAGCAAGGCUUCUAUAAAAAUGCUUAAGACUGUGGAGCCUUAUGUUGCAUGGGGUUAUCCCAACUUGAAAUCAGUCCGUGAGCUCAUAUUGAAAAGAGGUCUGGCGAGGAUUGAUAAGAGAAAGAUUCCUCUGACUGACAAUACGCUCAUUGAACAGCAUCUCGGACAAUAUGGGAUCAUCUGUUUGGAGGACCUUAUCCAUGAGAUUUAUUCUGGUGGAAAGAACUUCAGGGUGGUAAACAACUUCCUGUAUCCGUUCCAUUUGUCAGUACCACGACAUGCUGCUAGAGACAAAGUUGGACUCUUGAAAGAUAUUGGUGAUCCUGGACCCAGAGCUGAGGACAUAAACUCAAUCAUCAGGAAACUCAACUGAGCUAAUUACCUUCCUUCAGAUUACACCAACAAAAAGAAUAGAACUGCUCCACUAUGCCAUUAAAACGGAAUGUUCCGUUUAAAUGUGUGAUUAUUUUUAUUAAACAAUGUCAAAUUUCA